GCAAAAAUAAAAGAAGAAUAGGCUAAAAGAAAUUUUGAAUAUUUUAAUUAUAUAUUUUUGUUACAAUUUUGCCGAAAGUCAACUGUCGGCACUUUGCUAAAAAAAAAACUAGACGGCUGUAUAGAAAUCGAAGGAGGCGGUUGCCAAAAAGAAAGAAGACCUCCAAGAUUCUCAAUCAUUUUUUGUGAGUGAACCUUACCACAGAGCUGUGAAGUGAAUCAAAUCGGAGAAAAUCAGGCAAGGUCGUCACUGUUGUCUCAGUAAAAAAAAAUAUAAAAUUCAACAAAAGCAACAUGGACGUAUUCCUGAUGAUUAGAAAGCACAAGACUACCAUCUUCACGGAUGCCAAAGAGAAUACAUCGGUGGCCGAACUUAAACGCAUGCUGGAAGGUAUUUUAAAAGUUAAACCAUCAGACCAGCGUUUGUACAACCAAGACAAUGAUAUUAUGGAAGAUGACAAUACUUUACAGGAUUAUGGUAUCACUAUGUCAACAGCUAAAGCGCAAGCACCGGCCCAAUUAGGUUUGGCUUUAAGAAAGGAAAACGGCGACUUCGAAUCACUCGAUGUUACAUCAUAUUCAUCUCCACCAGAUUUACCAGAAGUUAUGAAAAAUCAAGAGGCAGCAAAUGGCAAGGAACAAGUGGCAUAGAUGCAUACAUUUAAGAUUGAGACAGCAACAUGCAAAGAACAUGCAGUAGUAAUUUAGCAAAGAACAUAACAACAAAUCUUUCGAAAUCAUAAAAUCAAUUAACAACUUCUCCUUUCAUUUAAUUUAAACAAAUAUUUAAUAUUUAAAACUAUUUAAGUCGAAUGAAGAAAUAAACAAACACCGAGCAGUGGCAAAAAUAUAGUUAUGUACACAACCGAUUACGAAACGUCAUCGUCCUCCAUCCUACAUUCUAGGAAAGUAACAACUGCUAAUUAAAAUGGUUUUUUGAGAGGAAACCGCAAGCUUACUAUAACGGUGCUAAAAACUGCAAGCGUUUGAACUUCUAUAUGAAUAAGGUUCUGUUUUUUUUAUUGCAUUGCAUGGAGAGAAGAAGGGCUCAAUUUAAUUGUAUGGAGAUUUUUUUCUUUUGGUUUUUUGUCUUAAAUCUAAUUGUAAAUCUAAAAGCAAAUAAAUUAUUAUAAGCUAAGGAAAACAACAUACAUACAAUUAAUUCAUACGAACAAUUCAACCCGACGUUUUCAUUGCUUAAUUUAUAUUAUAAAGAAUGUUUUAUUUUAGACAACAAAUGGAACUUGUUAGGAAAAAUAUAAGUGAGUGAAAUAUUUUCGAAUAAAGGCCUUGUUGAAUUUCGUUAA